AUGGCGCCCAGGAGAGGUUUACUACUGUCCGUCGGUCUGCUGCUGGCGGUGCUACCGUGGCGAGGUUCGGCGACCGACAAUAUGCCGACCAAUAGCUCGGAGCUGGUUGGUUUGUUUCCCCUAACCAUCAUCCACACGAACGAUCUUCAUGCGAGAUUCGACGAGACGACAACCACUUCCGGUGUGUGCAAAGCGUCGGAUCAAGCUGCCGGUCUGUGCAUCGCAGGACUAGCGCGCGUCUACGGCACGAUCAAGAAGCUCCGGAGCGACUACGCCAACAAGAGCCCGCUCUAUCUGAACGCGGGUGACAACUUCCAGGGCAGCCUUUGGUACACGCUGCUGCGAGGAAAUGUCACAGCCGACCUCAUAUCGGCGCUUCCCCCGAAAGUGAUGACGCUCGGAAACCAUGAGUUUGACCACUCGCCGAAGGAGCUUGGACCGUACUUGACCAAACUGAAGAAAGCGGGCGUUAGAACGGUAUCGGCUAACAUUCUGGUGAACAACGAACCUGAUUUGGCGAAUGUUACCAUCCCGAAGUCAACUACUUUUACGAAGAGGGGCAAAUUAAUUGCCAUCAUUGGUGCAACGUACGAUGCGACCGCGAUGGAAGCUGUCACCGGUAAGGUUAGAUUCUACAACUGCUCCGAGGCUGUUGCGAACGAAGCAAGACGGCUGACGGAAAGAGGUGUGAAGCGAAUCAUCGUACUGUCGCACUGCGGUUUGGACGUCGACCGGAUUAUAGCCAAGGCCGCGGACAAGUACAUCGACAUAAUUGUAGGGGCUCACACCCAUUCGUUCCUGUUCCCGCCCAACUCCGACCGGCCGCGCGAUCCAGCCGAUGUCAUCGAGGACGACUACCCGGUCGUGGUGACCGGAUCCACGGGUCGCAAGAUUCUCAUCACACAAGCGUACGCGUUCGGAAAGUACGUCGGACGACUGACCGUCUACUUCGACCGCUCUGGCGAGGUAAAGUUCUGGGAGGGCUAUCCGAUUUACAUGUCCAAGUCCGUGCCGCAGGAUCCGGACACGCUGGCACGCCUGGCACCGUGGCGCGCCGAGGUGGAGCGGCUGGGAUCGCAAAAGAUCGGCACGACGACGAUUCUGCUCAGCAAUAGCAACUGCCGGUUGCAGGAGUGCACGGCCGGAUCGCUGGUUGCCGACUCGUUCGCGGCCCACUACACCAACGCCACCUUCCGACCGGUGACGUUCGUGCACGCCGGUUCGUUCCGUGCGUCCAUCCCGAUCGGCGAUAUCACCAACGGGCAGGCGAUCAGCGUCAACCCGUUCGGCAACACGGUCGAUCUGAUUCAGCUACCAGGCGCCGCGAUCCGGAACUGUCUCGAGCAUGCCAUGGUGUACGACACGUCGCGCCGGUUCAACGUGAUGCAGGUGUCCGGCAUCCGGUACACGGUGAACCUGAGCAAUCCCGAGUACCAGCGGAUCACCUCGGUAUCGGUGAUCGAUCCGCUCGAUGGCCAGUACAAACCCCUCGACGCGACGAAGCUCUACGACGUGGCCACAAUCUCCUUCCUGAUGCAGGGCUUGAACGGAUUCCGCUGGAUGCAGGAGGGAGUGAACCGACAGAUUGGACCGCUCGACUCCGAUCUUCUGGUCGCCUACAUUGCCAAACUCGGUGAGAUUAAUGCCGGCAAUCUACCGGGUGGAAGAAUCACCAUCAGUGGCACGGCAGCUUAA